AUGGCAUCAUCCGCCGCGCCGUUCGCGGCGCCGUUCGCCGUUCGCGGGACCCCCGCGACGAACCCCGGGAGGCGGCCCUCCCGCGCCGGGGCGCACCGCCGAUCCCGAGGAUCGCGCGCGCCCCGAGCCGCCGUCGCGGCGCCCGCGGUGUCCUGGCCCGACGGCACCGGCCGCGCCGAGUUGGGCGGCGUCCUCGCCGAGGCGUCGGUGGUUAACCUCGGCAAGAGGGGCGAGAUCGCCACCGGCCUGCCCUUCCUGGACCACAUGAUCGACCAGCUCACCUCCCACUGCCAGCUCGGCGUCUCCGUCGUCGUCUCCAAGGACGGCGUCCCGUGCGUUCCGUGCGUCGACGCGUCGGGCGACGACGACGAGACCGUCGCCGUCGCCGCGGGCUUCGCCCUCGGCCGCGCGCUCGCGCAGAUGCUCGCCCCGGGCAUCGACGCCGUCGCCGAUGGCGCCGUCCCGUCCAACGCGGCCACCGCGGAAUUCGCGUCGCCCCUCGACGAGGCCUACUCGACGUGCGUCAUCUCCCUCACCGUCCCCGGGCAGGGCGCCCUCGCGUUCGACCUCGCGCCCUACGGCCCCGGCGCCGGACGCGAGCGCAUCGGCAAGUACCGAACUAGCCUCACCGAGCCCUUCUGGCGCGCCGUCGUCGAGGCUUCGGGGCUGAGCGUCUCGCUAACGAAGCGGCGCGGCGACAACGCGCACCACAUCGUGGAGGCGACGUUCAAGUCGUUCGCGCGGUGCCUUCGCAAGUGUAUGGACCAGGUGGAGGGGAUCGACGUGACGGAGAUGAACGAGCGGCUGGACGGGGUCACGAGGGCCGCGGGCAAGGCGAGGAGCACGAAGGAGACGACCAUCGACGUGAGGCUCGACCUGGACGGGUCCGCCGCCGCGUCCGCCGUCUCCACCGGGAUCAAAACCCUGGACGCGCUCCUCGGGUCCAUCGCGAACGAGGGCGGCGUGCAGCUGAACGUCGACGCCACCGGGGACCUCUGGAUCGACGACCACCACACCACCGAGGACGUGGCCAUCACGGUUGGGCAGGUUCUGAACGAAUCCCUGGGCGAUAAAGCCGGGUGCAACCGCAUGGGACGCGCGGACGCGAGCGUCCUCGACGGCGAGGACAGCGCGGACGCGGACGCGGCGGUGGUGGAGGUGGUGAUGGACCUGAGCAACAGGCCGUUCCUCGCCAACGGGCUGGAGUUCAGGGACGAGUUCAUCGGUGACUUGAGCGCCGAGAUGAUCGACCACAUGUUCAUGUCCAUCGCGGCCAACGGCCAGAUGACGGUGCACGUGGUGGAGCACAGCAAGGGGAGGAGCGACGCGGACCUCGCGGAGGCGUCCGCGAGGGCCUUCGGUCGGUGCCUGAGGCAGUGCAUCGCGGUGGACCCGAGGCGCGCCGGGCAGGUCGCGAGCAGCAAGGGGACUCUCUCCGUGUGA